AUGGCAUCAAAUACUGCGGGAAAAGUGAUCAAAUGUCGGGCACCGGUCUGUUGGGGUCCAAACAAAGGCCAGACAAUUGUCGAGAUCGAAGUGGAUCCGCCCCAACACGAAGAGGUUCGGGUGAAGAUCGCGGCCAACGGUGUGUGCCGUAGCGAUGCCCACCAUUUGGACGGCGACUCGUGUGACGUAAACCUCAAAUACCCCCUGAUUUUGGGUCACGAGGCGUCCGGAGUGGUCGAGUCGGUCGGUCCGGGAGUGACUUCGGUAGCGCCGGGCGAUCACGUGAUUCUCCUGUAUUGCCCGCAGUGUCUGCCCGGACGCGAGUGCGAGAGGUGUGCGUCGCCGAAGACUAACGCGUGUGUGAACGACAACUUCAACACCACAUCCACGAUGAGAGACGGCACCUCUCGGUUCAGACACAACGGCCAAACGAUAUACCAUUACUGCGGUAUCAGUACAUUCAGCGAGUAUACUGUGGCCCGGGAGGCACAAGUGGCUAAGGUCGACCCGAAAGCUCCGUUGGACUUGAUUUCGCUGAUCGGUUGUUGUCUGGGCCAAGGGUUUGGCGGAGCGCAACAUAUGGCAGGCGUGACCCCCGGCAGCUCGUGUGCCAUUUGGGGUUUGGGUGCCAUCGGUUUAGCUACAGCCCUGGGCUGUAAGGACGCGGGCGCCAAACGGAUCAUCGCUAUCGACACAAACCCGGAUAAGUUUGAAUUCGCCAAACAGUUUGGCUGCACUGAAUUCCUGAACCCAAAGGAUCUCGAUAUUCCGGUUCAACAGUAUUUCCAGAAUCAGGGCGGUGUUGACUAUACGUUUGAGUGCGUGGGCGGCAACCAAAUGGUGACGUUGAGGGCGGCGUUUGAGUCGUUGGCCCCGUGGGGCACCUGUAUCUUCUCGGGUGUGACCAAAGCGCACGUCGAGCUCUCCAUUAAGCCCAACAUGUUUCUGGACGGACGCACUAUCCGGGGCUCCACUUACGGCGGGCUCAAGAGUCGCACCGGUGUCCAGAAGUUGGUCAACAAGUUCAUGGCGGGCGACUUCCCGCUGGAACCGUUUGUCACCGGCCGGUACGCCAUCGAUGAUAUACCCAAGUGCUUUGAUCUGCUCCGUCAGGGAAAGGCCUGCCGUUCAAUCAUUAUCUAUAAUUAA